ACCAAAAAAAAAAAACACACAGAGACAUGAAGUUGAGAACAUUAGGAGGAAUCCUAAUUGUGCUUGUGGGAGUCAUCCAAAUAUUGUCUCCAACUUUGAUCAGAGCAACAGCGAUCGGAAGAGGUCCGGUCGGAGAAGAGAAAGUGACAUGCGAUAUUAAAGGUCUUGAGCCAUGCCUGCUUCCGUUAAUCAGUCAUAAGGAAAUUCCACCGACUCCACACUGUUGCGCAACGCUAACAGAACACCAGCCCUGUUACUGUGGCUACCUCAAAGACUAUUGGCUUGGUCCUGAGUUGAAAUCCCCUGAUGCUCACAAAGUUUUCGAUGCCUGUAAAAUUCCCUUUCCUACUUGUCCUUGACAAUUUAUAUUAACCUCAUCAUAAUCUAUAUAAAUGAAAAUAAAUUAUUCUUUUCUAAUGAA